GUCGGUACUGAAAGGAAGGAAUGUUUCCUCUGCCUUUGAACCAGUCACCAGUGUGGGUAAUAUAGUCGGUUAAAACUUUGUAGAAAUUGGAGAAGCCGUACAUUUGUGGAACUGUGUGGUUCGCAAAUUUAUUAGCAGUUCCUUCCGGCUUUUAAUUCAACGUGUUCAUGUAAUACUUCGGCACAAAUAAGCGUUCCUCGGCAACUGCAAUGGCGAAAGGCAGGAGGAAAGGACCGAGCGGGAGCAAAGUUAAAGCCGACGACGCACGGAGCAAGGGGACAAAAGAAAACAAACCAGAAAUGAACGGGGACGUCUUAUGUAAUGGUCAGUCUACGUUGCACAGCUAUUUCAGCCCUGGCAAUGCUCGCUCCCCCCUGCAUGACAACUCCAUCCCACUCACCCCUGAGGGAAAGGCUCCCCUGAAGUACACACUUCACACUGAUGGGCAGAGGCAAGGUGAAGUAAAGCUGAACAGUGUGAAAUCAGAGGGUGACACCUCCAAGGUGGAGGAGGCGGAGGGUGCGAGGUGCCUUCCAUGCAGGACAGAGGAACAGCAAGGAGAACUCCAUGAAGGGGUGGCUGAGGUGCAUGUGGAGCCCUCACCUGGGCCUGGACCUUCUACCAAUGGCAACACCUGUCAGCCUGCUCUGAAAGAAGGUGCCCGGCGCAAAGUCAGAGCAAAGAAGUCCAACCCAAGAACAACAGAAAGCAAAGAAACCCAAAACAAAAAGGUCACUGAUUAUUAUCCUGUACGAAGAAGCUCUAGGAAGAGCAAAACUGAACUUAAGUCCAAAGAACAGCAACGCAUCAAUCAUUUGAUCAAUAGUGGAAUUGAAGAGGGAAUGAAGGUUAAAUACAUUGAAGGAAAAGGGAGAGGGGUAUUUGCUGAGAAAGGUUUCCACAAAGGGGAGUUUGUGGUGGAAUACCAUGGAGAUCUACUUCAUAUUGAAGAUGCUAAGAAGAGAGAAGCUACUUACGCACAAGACCCAUCCACCGGUUGCUACAUGUACUACUUCCAGUAUCUCAGCAAAACUUACUGUGUGGAUGCCACAAAAGAAACCAAUCGCUUGGGAAGGCUGAUCAACCACAGUAAAAAUGGCAACUGCCAGACCAAACUCCACAACAUCAAUGGAAUACCUCACCUGAUACUGGUUGCUUCCAGAGACAUUGAAAAGGGGGAGGAGCUGCUGUAUGACUAUGGUGAUCGUAGCAAAGCUUCCAUUGCAGCUUAUCCCUGGCUGAAACACUGAUGGACUUCAUUCUUUUCUUUCCCUUUUCUGCAGUAGUUAAAUAUUCUAAAAAGGGAGAAUAUUAGCUUUUUUUUUUUUUUUUUUUUUUUUUGUUAGACCAUUUUAAGAACUGCAAUUGCCUUAGUAAAAACAGGUCCUGUUUUGGGUGGGGAUGGAAUUUAAAUGAUUUAAGGCUGUCAUUAAAAUGAGCAGCAUCAGUACUUUUAAAAUAUCCUAAUGAAAAAUGUCAAAGCAAUUUUUAUGUAUUUUGUAUACGGGUUGGCCAGCGCUUCCAGAGCAUGAAGGUGUAGGUGAUAUUCUGCAUUUUAUCAGUUUUCUUAAAUGUUAGGGAAUUUAUAUGUGCUCAGCAAUAACUUAUGAUCCCAGAUGUACAUUGGUGAUCUCAACAUUCAGUUAACUGGAAUGUAAUUCCUGUCAGUAACUUACAGUUAAUUUUAAAUGUGAUGCCUAUUUGCCCUGUUGAGUGUGGUCAUUUUAUGAACCUGAACAAGACCUGUACCUCAAACACAUAAAGCUGUUGGAUGUCUAACCAAAUGUUUGUGAAUUUAUUAAACAGUGCUCCUUUA